AUGACAGCUUGUUUCUUCCAUGUCAUCUUUCCAGAUUCCAUCACGUGCGCACAGUUUUUGGCACCUCUGAACAUGGAAGGUGUCACAGGGCGUGUGCUGUUUGACUCCUCCUCCAGGACAGCCCAUGUCAACGUGUCUGGCGCAGGAUCAUGUGGUGUAGUUAACGUUUCCCUCAGUGAGUUUCCUGUGAUGUACGGCCACUUUGCGCAGCCCUGUUCCGAAGCAAACAUCGGCCCCAGCAUCUUCACAUUCACCGUGGAUGCGACCUCAGAAUCCACCAUCAACAUGUCUAGUCUCUUUGAACGCCGACCAAACCUGGAUGACCUCUCGCUGUCUUUGCAGACAUGUAAUGGGACAAAAGUGUGCACAACUGUAAGUCAAGGCCAAACACUCUUGACUCAGCAGGCCAGGUUCACAGAUUCAAUCGUGGGUAACGUUUAUUUACGCCUCAAUCAAAACAGUACCAACGCCUGGCUGCUUGCAGACCUAGUGACGGUCGGUCAGGUGAACAUCUCACAAACCAAUGUCACUCUCUUUGGAUCAACAAGCACUGAUUCAAGCUGUGCUAAUCUACUUGAAAACUUAGAUCCAUCAGCUUUGGUGACUCUGGGUGUUGUGAAGGUGGGACACCCUUUGCAGCUCCAGAAAUCCCGCCUGGAUCUUGACAGUCUCAGUACCACUUAUAGUUUUCUUCUCCUCAACACUGGGUCUGAAUACAGAUGUGCCCAGAUGUAUAAUAUAUCAGAGAAACAAGUGAGAGCUUUUGUGAACAUGAGAGGAAUCAAAGGGUUCUUCCACUUUCACCAAGCUUCCCCAUUUGACGUGACUAAAAUGACUGUGAACCUGGAAAACCUAGGGAAGAUAGUCGGGCCUUUCCAUGUCCAUCUAUUCCCUCUCCCUUCAGUUGGGUCGAGCAUGUGUUCAAAUGAUGACGUGGGCGGCCACUGGAACCCAUUUAAAAUCGACAAAAAUGACAUAAUGUACCCAAAACAACCCGGGUCAACACAUGACAAAUAUGAAAUGGGCGACCUCAGUGCCAAGCACAUGUCUCUAGAAGGGAAGGAUGCUGUGAAUGUGAUGUUCACAGAUUUCAACCUCCCUCUGUUUGGACCGAACAGCAUCGUGGGCCGAUCAGUUGUUAUUCACAAAGUAGACGGUUCCAGGCAUGUUUGUGCAAGCAUCGGUUAUCCCGGGGAGGUGAUGACAGGCAAAGCCAUAUUUCAGGGUCUUGUUGUGGGUGAGGUCUGGUUUACUCAGCUGGUGAACCGUCCUCUGUCAGAUGUUUCCGUCUUCAUGGACCUGUCUUAUGGAAAUUCCACCAUGGCUAAAACCAUGAAUCACAACUGGCAUGUUCACGUUUACCCCAUUAGUUCAGAGAGGGAUGAUGAUGAAGGGCGCUGCGGCACAACAGGAGGUCACUGGAACCCCUUUAACGUCAACACGGGCGACAUUAGCUAUUCCCUCCACUGUAGCACAUCUGGUCCCAUGUGUUGUGAGGUGGGAGACCUCUCCAGCAAACUCAGUACCAUUAAUCUUGACAGCAGAGUGGGAAAGGUGGACGCCAAACACUUUUUCACUGAUGUCACUUCCUGGUUGCCGGUGUCAGGCAUAGUCGGUCGUUCAGUAGUCAUCCACGCUGCGGAAAAGGGAGGGCCACGGAUCGCUUGUGCUAACGUUACCACGGUGCGGGCUUCAAAAGCUCGCCUAAGUAGUUGGUUUGGUCCUGGGGUGUACGGAGGUCAGGUGAAUUUCUCCCAAGACGUCCCAAAAGGCCCCACAACUAUACGAGUGUCCCUGAACAACCUGCGGUCCUCAGCCGGAGGCUACCACGUUCACAUUCUGCCCAUUAAGCCUGACAGUGCCACGCCCUGUUCAAAUGCGGACAUCCAAGGCCACUUCAACCCACUGGCCUGGAACACAUCACGCUCUCCCACCCCUAAAGCUGGGACUGUGGACCAGUAUGAAUUGGGGGACAUCAGUGGGAAGUUUGGCAUGCUUAAUGGACAAAACGACUCCGAGGCACUGUUUGAAGACCCUGACAUGCCUCUUACUGGACCCCACAGCGUCGUGGGAAGGUCUCUGGUAGUUCACCACCGCAGUGGAGCAAGAAUGAGGUGUGCCGAUAUCUUAGCAGAGAGAAGUGCAGACGGACAAUGGACCGUUGCCAAAGCUCUCUUCCAGGGAAGGGUGGCUGGGACGGUGAGCUUGACACCUCAGGUGUCCUUAUUCAUCACAAACAACCGCGUGGAUGUCAACGACAGUGUCUGCAGUGGCGUGGGAAGCACGUUCAAUCCCUUCAACAUGAACUCCUCGAGCUCCAGCUGCUCACUGGAAAAACCUUUGAGCUGCGUGGUGGGGGAAAUAUCUGCAAGGCAAGGCAACGUCACUUUGAAUGAGAGGCAGCUCUAUACGGACAGCAUCAUCCAGCUGUCUGGGGACCACACAGUUGUCCAUAGGUCUCUGGUGUUGAAAAAUGGCAACAACAUCAUUGCAUGUGCUACAAUCCUCCCAGAAUCCUCAUCAGCAGAGCAGGUCUUUCCAAAUGUGACUGAUUUCAGCCGAUAUGACUUUCGUAAGAGGGUUGCAAAUGUGCUGCAGAUGGAAAUAGCAAGAGUUACCAUCUUGCCUGGUGGUCCCAAAUCUGUAUCAGGUGGACGGUGCCAGGAAGUCAACUUCAUGGUGUCAGGUAAGGCAGAAAAAGACCAAUUCAAUAUUUGGAAAAUGUAUUGCAUGCAACAUACAACAAAACACCAAACAUCAGAGAAGGUUAGUUGA